AUGAGGGCUCCUCCAACUGCACUGACGGUAAGCCUUAAAAUAUAUUAUUUCUCUCCGAUUGGUUUUGAGGAACUUUGGAAGCGUUGCUCGUAAACAUUUCUCAUGAAUUCCCAGUUUUCAAUUAGCUUUAGGUGGAUAAAGGAUAGCGUUGAGCAAACAUUGGCGUAGAGGUAAACCGUCUUUUAGUAAGGAUAACUUGCUGCUGCUACUAUUAUACUAUAGCUCAUAGGAACCUACAUUCAGAGUUGUUUUACUUCAUGAAGCUCUCAAUUUAAGUUGUUGUCCCGUUUGGAGCAUCAUCACAGAAAUAGCAGUUACUAAUCAGAAAAGAAACAAUUUAAAGCGAGAUAAGCGGAGGAGUUCAGGACGUGUCUCUCUGAAGAUAUUAGUUCUUACGCAGAAUUGCCCCUUUUAGGCAUUUUUACAGAUAAAUUAUUCUAGUCAGCUCAGCUUUAGAGUACCUGAUUGUUUGUAGUUUGAACAAUCACUGAUUGUUUUGAACCUAUCACAACACAGUAUUAGCUUCCCAUUUUCCUUAGUAAACAUCAUAAAAUUCAAACAUGCAUCGCCAAUCAAUGUCAUACCCCAGUAUGUUAGUUCAAAGUUGAAUUCUUACAACUGUACAACGUCAAGACUAAAAAAAAUAAAAAUGGACAGGUUCGCAAUAUAACCGUGUUACUUUCAAAAGUAUAAGUGAAAAAAAAAAAAAAAAAAGAGAGAGCGAUAUUUGACUGAUUAUAUGAAGCCGAUGUGAGUGAGAUAAUGAACAUUUUGCGUUGCCAUUCUGAGCGAAAUACUACAGUGUUACCGUAUCUUAACACACGCUUAAAACAAAGUUGCUUUAAUGAAACAUAUAAUUCAAAGUAUCUCACCUUUGAGAGAACUUAACUAGUAGUCUUUCCUAAAGCAUAAUUACUUCUCACAGGAACUAAAAGGCGCCGGUAAUUCCUUGGUUUCUCCAGCGUAUAAUUAACAACGUAAGCUUUCAAAAAGACCCUAAAGUUUCCAUCCACAUGAGAAAGCUUAAUAUUUGUUUUUAGAACUAUAGAGUGACUGAUCAAUCCCCUUCAAUAUUCGUUGAUUUUUACCUUUCCUUAUAUUUUUUGGCCUCUUGACUUCAAGAAAGGAUAAUUUAGUCUGAGAAAUUUAACGUGUCAGCAUAAGGAUAUGAAGAUAAAACAACUUGAAUAGAUUGGAAUGUCGGAGUAAUUACAAGAUCCAUCGGCACGGUGUUCACCAUUAUACAAUGUUUCGUGUUGCCCAGUGAACUGAAAUUGCUGUCGAAAGCAAAAGCCUUCAGAUAACUUAAAGACAUAUUGAGGAUAGCUUUCAAAAUUGAAAACAAUACGGUAUUGAUUACUUAUUACAAUGAAACAGAAGAACAAGAUGGUUGGUGAAAUCCUUCCCUAACAGGCGUCGGUGUGAUGUACGUGAGCUGAACAGCAAUUGCUUUUAAAACUUCUUCCCUGAAAAUUCUUCUCAUUCUGGUCUUUUAGUCGCUCACUUAACCCUUUGCGCGAAAACGAUUGGAUUUAGCACGUUGCUAUAGGACCUAAAGACUCUUGGACUGUAUUGAAUUUCUAUUAAAAAACUUCUAACUGCCAUGCGCAGAAUAACUUAAUAUACGAAACGAACACGUAAGUGAGCCAAUAACCGUCUUCCCAGAAUUGUUGACAUCAGUGAUAACUGGGAUAUUAGACCACUGGCCUGGUUAAAAUUACAAUAUAAAGUGAUAUAUCAUAUUGCCUCUGACAAACAGUGUGGGGUAGCAAUAAUCAAUUAUCCUUUUUUUUUUCCGUAGUUAGUGCUGGCAUGCAUUACAGUGACACAGUCAUUACCUUUUCCUAGUCCAACCACGAGACCGCCUCCUAAACCAGGUGAAGCUGUGGGGUGAUUUUAUGAAUCGCACAAAUGUCGCUGGGCAUGUUACGUUAAAAAAUCCAGUACAGUUAUGGCUUUUCACAAUACUCAUUUCUCCACUGGUUAUCAACAAAAAAAGCUUAACAUAGGCUGCGAAGGUUUUAAAAAGGUUCAGAGACCUAAAAUCCAAGCUAGAAUCCAUGAAUCCAUGGUGUGGAAGAUACAGUUGACGUAAAACAAAAGAGAACAAAAAUACAAAACUAUGAAACAAUAAGGAAAACAAUGAAAACAAUAGGUUCAUGAAGUUGUGUUUUAGUUGUGAAGUGUCCUGUGUCUUCCAUUACAGGAUUGAGCCAGUUAACUCGAUCAAAACUGAUCAUUUAUCAGGAGUAAUGAUACACUCUCAGAAUAAUAUAUUUUGUAAAUUAUGAGAUUGUUUGUUGAAUGGGAAAAUAUGUUAUUCCUCUUAUUAACGUUCAAAUCUUCUUUAAAUUUCUCAGUGGCACCAGGGCAAUGCGGUGGUGCUUUAGUGGGCCCAUCCGGGAACUUAGCAUCUCCUAAUUACCCUGGUAACUACCCCAGCAACACUUAUUGUGUGUGGACCGUAACAGUGCCUCCGGGCUCACAAUUCAGGAUUGACUUUCUCUUCUUUGACACAGAACCUUGGUGAGUUAAAAAUGUUUUUUGGUUAACACCUCAGGGUUUUUUUUUAAAGCUUUUUUUUCUUUGUCCGCUUUUUUUUUCUUCUUUGCUUUAACACUGAGGUUAUAAAGUGUCGAAGGGGUUGCAAUAUUGCGCUCUCUUGAAAUUUGAAAUUUUUUGAGGCAAUGGAUUUGUGCUUUGCCUGCUUGUGCAUUUGUUGCUUUAGUGGUCGCUACAAUCAUUAUUAUUGUUAUCCUGACAAUGAUCAUUUUUUAUAUAUUGCAGCUAUGAUUUGGUUAAAGUCUAUCAGGGAAGGAGGCUGAUCCGUCGUCUGACACGAGGAGGAGAAUCUGAGGACGAUAAAUAUUUCAAGGAUAAAAACGAUGAUAACGAUGAUGACGAGUGUGAUGACGAUGAUGACGACGACGACGACUACGAUGACGACAAUGAUAAAAAUGGAAAAAGAAAUUACAUGUUUGCCGAGCCUCUGAGAGCAGACAGAAAAGCGAAAGUCGUCUCUGUUCAUGGUAAUGGGGAACCCGUGAGAAUUGUGUUCAAAUCCGAUCCAUGGGUGACAAGGAGAGGAUUCUUUGCCCAUUACACUAUGGAGAAAGGUAAGACACGUGCGCACAUUAAUCAAAUCAAGAUAUCAUCCGAUUCAAUAAAGAUGCAGCUAUCCUUAGUCUUAGUAUCAACGGGCUCAAUAUAUAUCUGCUGCUAACUUUUUGACCUAUAAUAACGAUACGUGAACAAUAUCGCGUAGAUCCCACUUUAUUGUCACAAGAAUAAAGGAAAUGAUCUCUAACAAAAGAAGGUUGUUGAACAAAUUUUCCUUGUAAACACCCUAGGAAAUUUAUUGGGAACUGUAUGAAGAGUAUGAGUACUUAUUUUAGGAUGUAGAGGUUUGUUAUAACAUAUUGACUUUUAAUCCCCUGAAUCUCCUUGACCUAACAAUCUAUUCUCUCUUUUAGCCCUUUGUGGCGGUCCUUUGGCUCCAGCAUCCGGGAACAUUACCUCUCCCGGUUUUCCAGCAAAUUAUCCGAACGAUGUUGAAUGUAGAUGGACUAUCACAGUUCCCCUUGGAUCCACUUUGGUUUUAAAUUUUCGGGCCUUUGAAACUGAGCGGUGGUGAGUCGACUGUUCUUCAUCAAGUUGUAGAGAAGGGAGCUAAUAGAAACUAUCCAUGUGAAGUGAUGCGGCUUUUGUUAUUAGUUAAAGCGAAUGUUUCUGUUUCAGUUCAAGGUUUGGAAACAAAAGGAAAAAAGUUACUUUUUAAAAAAUUUCAAACAAGAACUAUUUAGAACCCAGCAAAGGAGAAAAUAAAACCUUAAUCUUUUCAAUACUUCUUUAAAAGAGGUAAACUUUAUUUACAUCGGGAACAAUAAGCAAAAAGGCUAUCCUUGUAUCGUCCUUUUCUUUUGAGCGACAUAUUGUAAGUAUGGUUCUAUUUCCCUUCGUGUUUGUUUAACGUAACCUGGCUGAACUUGAGGUUAAAUCGAAAACUUUACAGUCAAAUCGUAUCAAGGUUCCACGCUUUUAUCGUUUGGGUGAGUGCGUCAAUUUUCCUCUUUUAUCUAAAUUUCGAAAGCAAAAGAGUGAAUAAAAUUCUGGGUAAUGUAAUCUCGUUUCAUAAAAAUUACUUAGAAAGUCGAAUCGUGAUUAAGGGUUGUGUGUUGAUAACUUUGCUGAUUGUUGUCAUCAGCUUUCAGUUCAGUUUAUCUUAUAGCUGUUAGCAAAAGCUUUUUCCCCUUUUGUAUCGGUAGUUACAUUUUUUUUCUUGCAGUUUUGAUCACGUCAAGAUUCUCCGUGGCUUUCGAGAGAUACGUAGUUUGAGUGGCAUAUACGGGGCUUAUUCGUGGUUUACAGGGAGACACGACGAUUUCUUAGACGAUGAUUGUGAUGAUGACGACGAUGAUGAUGACGAUGGCGACGACGAUGACGAUGACGACUGGAAGAAAAAAUUCCGUUUUGGAUUCGGAAUGACAAGAUUUUAUGGUUUUCCAUUCCUGCCUCGAGUAUAUAUCCUGGGAAAUGGCGAACAGAUAUCGGUUAAUUUCAAGUCCGACAAGAUAAUCACCUUCAAAGGAUUUGAUGCCACUUAUCGAGUUGUACGAGGUAACGUGCUCUUCGUUCUUGAUAUUCUGGAGGUACAAAUAAGAAUAAGAAAAUUAUGCACAAAAAGGCAGCUCUGAUUGUAAAACAUUAGAACCAAUAUGGCUGCAAUAGUUUAUUGAGGGGAGAACGCUGGUGGGUUUAAUUUCCUUUUCUUUAUUUUUAGCAAAAUAGGAGUAAAAAUUGACUCGGCAAUUACUUUGGAAAGGUUGGUUUUGGACUUCUUGCUAACUGAGAGUAUAUUGAGCCUAACUUUCUUGCCCCCAACUAUGGACAGUAUCUGAGGAAAUACGUGGCACAAAACUGAGCAUUGUCCAUUGCUUGGGUCUUUUGAUACGCUGCGAAACCAAAAGACCUUUUCUAUGAAUUAAAUCAUGCAUUCAGCAGUUGCUAAAAAAUUGUAAGGAAUAAUGAAGAUGAAGUUGACGACAACAGAAAGAAUGGCAGGGUUUAAAUACUGCUCUAGUAUUAAUGAAAUACAAAUAAAUUUCUAUUGGUUUAUUGGGGUGAUCACAUGACCUCCCAAAACAUGACCUUUGGAUUGGCUCUGACUAAUCAAAGCAAGCGUAACAUCGCAUUAUUUCCUCCACAAACUUCAACUUGACUCAUGCGUUUUCUUUUCAGGUCCAGUGGAAGGAAAGUGAUCAGUGAUGCCUGUAGAACGAACACUUUUGAACAAUGACGUGAUAAGAUUUCUCUCGAUGUUUAUUUUUCUGCCCUCAACUAUCGGUUGUUCGUUGUUCGCUUUUAUGUAACCUUCACAAGUUUCUCUUCCUACAUGUUGUUGACAAUGUAUGUUAAACUAAUGUGAAAAAAACAACUUUGAUCCAGUUUUCUUGUAUAUGAGAUUUACGCGACGUGCGAGAUUUACUAUCAAAGUUUUCAAUCUGGAAAUAGAUACCACCCUUCUUGUAAAAUUGCUGAAAGAAAAAGGGCACAGUAGAGAUGUAACGUGCAUUGAAUUCAAACUCACAUGAGUAAUAAAAAGGCAACUUACAGCGGCGCUAAUGAGAAAUGAAUAAGUAAACUAACGACAACCUUGAUGAAUCGUAUGUUGCCGAGGGCGAUCCACACUUCAGUUAGCAGACUAUUUCUGAGAGGUAAUUUCUCACCAGCAUAUUGUCACUGAUGCUAAAUUGCAAUCUACGAUUCAGCCUCUGUUUUUCUGCGUGUAUCAUACCCUUG